CGAAUAUAUGAUAAUAAUAGUGUUGAUUAGCGCUAUAUUUUGUGCUGAAGUGAAGUUGAAAGUGGAAUCGUCACCUAAAGAUAUAAGGAGAAUAAAUGGAAGAGCUGAAUUUGAUGCAUAGGAAUAUGAAACAUCAUGUCAAUGCGAAUCUACGACUACACCACUUCAUGUGGGUGAAACUUUUUGUGAUCCUACCAAAGUUUAAUUACAUCAAGACUUUGCUGGAGAUGAUGGCAAAACAGCCUCUUUUGAAUAGAUUAGACAUUUGAUUGGACCCCUUAAUGAAUUAUAAUUUGGGGAUCCUAAUAGCUAUCAUUUUUCAUGUUUAGAUGGAAGAAAUGAAUAAGGAGUUUUGGGAACUCCUGGAGGCGAUUCUGGUGAGUUCUUAUUAGCUUUAUAAGUAUAUGAAUAAACAAUUAAUACUCCACUGGCCCAAGACACUGUGGAUAGCAUUUUCGCCAAUUACUUAUAGUUCAUGAAAUAGGAUGGAUUUUAUAUGUGCACAGAUGAUGACGCUAUAAGACAUUUGGAAAAAGAAUUAGGUAUGACUUUGACAGUUGAUGCCUUGAUUGAUCCUCCUAAUUCAUUUAAAGAUGAUCUUCUAACAUCCCUAUUGAAACCAGAAAACACAGGUUGUAUGCAUUUGAAGAGUAUCUUAAAGAAUCCAGAGAGUUAUGACAUGAGACCUGAUUUAGUGAGAUAUUUUCUUCGAAGUUAUUUCACAAUCUUGUGGAAUAAGAGCAACCCAUUGCAUCAUAAAUUGAUACUUGAAGUAAUGGCAGGUAGACAUGAAGAGAGAGCAUUUCUUGAAGUUAGAAUCAAUGAAGCAUGUAUAAGAUAGAAUAUGGCACCCCUUUUAAGACCAAAAAGAAGAAUAACUUUGGCAAGUGUUCCUUAAGGACCAACCUCAACUACUUUUCAUGAAGGUGGAGCCACUGAAAUAUUUUAAGCAUAUGUUAAUCAUAUUGAUGCUGCAUCUAUAAGAAGAAAGGAACUAUCUAAGUUCUUUGCUGAAAACUCUAAUCUAAAUGGAGUUCAUUUUGAAAUUGAUGUUAUGCAUCAUAGAUUAAAUAAAAAAGGAUUGAUAUAUUUACCAUUUUAUACUGUUACAAUUGUUUGA